AUUAAAUAUGAGUGAAUACAAAUGCUGUCCUUCUUGGUAAGAUUUAACUUAUUAUUGAGUUUGGAAUAAGUAUUGUCAGUCAAUUUCCUGCUCCAUUCACUUUACUGUGAAAGAAACAUUGUUCAAUGUGAAUUAUGUGAUCUUCGUAUAGAUCUUAAUGAAAAAGAAGAACACAUGAAAUUACAUUAAAAAGUAGAUAUGUUAAUUGGAUAUCUUAGAAAGAAUGUUCCUAUUGUCAUGAAAACUAUGAAUAGCAUCUGUUGUAAUCACAUCAGAAAAAUUGCCCAAAUAAACCAUCAUUAUGCAUCUAUUGUGAUUUACUGAUAAACUAAUAGGAUAUGGUAUAACAUUAAGUUAAAUGUGGAUCUAGAACUGAAUAAUGUACUAUUUGUAAAAAGCACAUUUAAAAAAAAGGUAUAAAUAAAUUGAGGCUUUUUUUAGAAUUUGAUAUACAUCUAACUAUUUGUUAAUAACUGUAAUAACCUUCUCCUCCAAAAAGGGCAAGACUUAAAUAAGUUUUAUGUGAUAGCUCAGAUGAUCUUUCAGUUUAAGAGAUAAAGCCAAAUCAUUAGUAAAAGCGUCCAUUGAAGAAAGAGCUUAAGAGUUGUGCAUAAAACUAAAAAAGAGAACAAAAAGAUUAAAAUUAACAAUUCUAAAAGUCUUUUUUGGAUGAUGAUGAAGAUGAAGAGCUUUAAAAGGCAUUAUAGUAGAGUUUGAAUUAAAAAUGAA